CAUCUCGGUUAUAUAAACGACCGUGUCCAGAAGUUCCAAGAGACUGUUGUAGCAAUGGGCAAUAGAGCAGCUUUUGUGGUCGCGUUUCUCUUAAGGGCUAUAUAUGGAGGCAUGCAGAUAGUAACCAAAAACGCUUUCAAUGAAGGCAUGAGCACGACUGUCUUUGUUUUCUAUAGGCAUUUAAUUGCUAUUCUGUUCUUGGUGCCGGUUGCUUUUGUUCUUGAAAGGAAAACUGCUCCACCACUUUCAUUCAAAGUCUCUCUGAAGUUAUUUGUGCAUGCGUUAUACGGGAUUUCUGGAGCAAUAAACAUAUAUGGCCUUGGUCUAAGUUAUGCUUCAGCAACAGCAUCAUCUGCAAUAUUUAACUUACUGCCAGCAGUGGCUUUCUUUCUGGCUGUUCUUUUGGGGAUGGAGACUUUGAACAUGAAAAAGUUCCAUGGGAUUGCAAAAGUUUGUGGCAUACUGUUCAGCCUUGCAGGCGUCGUUGUACUUGCAUUUUACCAAGGACCUGAAAUGAAAUCAUUCAACCACCACCAUCUUUUUCAUCACAUAAGUAACUUUCAUGGUGAGGCUACUGCUCAUCCUAGAAGGACUUGGAUACUAGGAAUUUUCCUGACUACUUUAUCAACUACAUCUUGGGCUCUUUGGACAGUUCUUCAGGGGCCCAUGUUGGAAGCAUAUCCAUCUAAGCUGCUCAACACAACUCUCCAGAUGAUCUUUGCAACAAUUCAAUCUUUCUUUAUCGCCCUAGUGGCUGAGAGAGAUUUUGCAAAAUGGAGGUUAGGCCUAGACGCACGUCUUAUUGCUGUGGUGUACUCUGGCAUACUUGUUUCUGGAGUUGCAUAUUAUAUGCAAGUAUGGGUGAUUGAUAAGAGCGGACCUGUUUUCUUGGCCAUGACAAUGCCAAUAACCCUGCUUGUCACAAUAAUUCUAUCUUUGUUUCUCGGAGAAGCAGUUACCUUGGGAAGCAGUAUCUUAGGUGGAGUAAUUAUGGUUGGUGGUCUGUAUAGUGUUCUUUGGGCAAAGAGAUCUGAGCAUGUAGUUGUCAGGAAGCAGCACAUGGCUGCUCCAGUAGAGGCAGCACAAGUUUAGCUCAUACUAGCGAUUCUGUUUGUACAUCAAAACUCAAUGGCAGUUUCAGGCUGGUUUGUAUUUUGUAGUUACUGAUCAACUGAGAGAAUUUUGAAGUUAUGUUACUCUUCUAUUUCC